AAGAUUCCUCAGUGCAUUUCGCGCAGUACACCUCGGAAUAAAUAAAUCUUUAUAUAAAAUAGCUGUAUAUGCUGACAGCAACAAGUUGAUUCUCUUUUUCUUCUACCGGAAGAGCUGUUCUCCGUGUGUUGGUGUGGAUUCUCACAUAAUUAUGGAUGAUUUUCGCUGCAAUGAAAACGGAUGGAAUUGUUGAACAGUGCCCUGCCAUUGGGACCAGCUGAGUGAAUACAUGUGUUUAGUGGACGAAGAAAAGCUUAUAAAUAGUGAUUGGAAACAUGAUAUGCUCUGAAGAGAUCUAAUUUGCAAGUGAAGUUUGGUUUAAUUUGGAAUAUCGAGUAAUAGUGGGAAAGACUCUGAUUAAUUAGCACCAAGCAAAAGCAGAAAGGACUUCUAUAAAUAUCUUCUGGAUAUAGUAUUGCAUCGGCCUUCGAAGUAAUACAACAUAGUAUUCAAGAUAUCGUUCCGCAGCAAAUCCAACCCGAAGGAACCCUCCGGAAUGAAGACGGAGGAUAAAACGAACGUACCGAGGGUGCGGAUAGCGGUACUUGGGAAUAUGAACGUCGGGAAAUCAGCCCUCACCGUGCGAUACCUGACGCGACGGUUCAUCGGCGAGUAUCGCUCCAACACGGAUCUGCUCUACAAGCAGACGGUGACACUGGACAGCGGCGUGCUGGACGUGGAGAUUGUAGACAUCUCGGCUGAAAACGAAAAUGAUUUCCCCGUUGAGCAGAUCCAGUGGGCGGACGCAUGCCUUAUCGUGUACAGCAUCACGGACCGGAUCAGCUACGAGUACGCCCAGCGGUCAUUGGCCGAGUUGCGACAACUGCAAAACUCACCCUCCGCCUAUCUGAUCGGGAACAAGGCUGAUCUGGACCACUUGAGAGAGGUCCAAGAAACGGAAGGUGCUACGCUGGCCGCCUCACAUGCCAUCGGCUUCUGCGAAGUGUCAGUCGCCGAUAAUUCACCCGCCCUGUACAAAGCUUUCGAGCGAUUGUUGGUCGAAUCACGCGCUCGGCCGGUCAAACCCCGAAAGUUUUCCGUCAGCAAAAUGUUCGGUACCCUCAUCGGAAACAAUGGCACACGACAACCUUCAACGGCGGUUAGCCAAGGCACGGUGGUCCCAUGCCAUAAGGGUGAACUGCACAAAACUCGGGUAAUGAAACGGCGACAGGCAUUUACCGCGACGGCAUCGCUAUGACCGACAUCGACAACGACCGAGGACAAUAGCUAAGUUGAUUUUUUGUUUCGUCCUGCUCUCGGAAAUGAUAGUGCGACGUACUCUAGGACGGCGGCAGCUCAACCGGCGAGUGGUAUGUGCACUACUGUGCGGUAUUUCUAGUAGCUGCAGCUCGCAGCAGGAGUAUCGAUAGCAUACCUUCAUUGACUGGCAUUGCGGUAUAUUGGUCGGUCUAGUGUCGGAAUUCGGUUGAACGAGACAACCGAGGGAUCCGCGGUCAUCGUCAGCGAAAUUAACACAUAUGUGAUUUAAAUUUAGCAUUCUGUACACGACCAAGGAACGGCACACUUACUAAACGCAAAUCGCACACGGAAACAUACUCAUGUAUCCUACACUAUAACUAAACUUAAAAUGUUAUGCACUGACAAAGCGAAAUCACUGAUUUUCUUACUAGUAUGCCACUUUAUCGUUUUAGAUAGAGUGAUCCGUAGGUCGUCUCUUAGAACAUUGGGCGGUAAUCGUUCGUUUCACAAUCCAAGCAAGAGAUGAGAAAGUCAGCAGGAAAUCGAAUGAAAGGGAAUUUAUGACCAACGUGAAGCAGGGAUACUCCUAAUUAGUAUUCGGUAUACAGGGCUUCCGCUCUCCUAGUGGUAACUUAAUUUUUCCUGCAUAGACAGCAGUGGGAAAUUUUCCACUGUCACUGAGCAUGCUGAUGUGUUGCUUGUGGUUCAAAUCUAGCAAUAAUAAUUAUUGAAUGUGCGCGUCCUCGGCGGGUACCGGUUCAUGCUUUGUUUGUCUUCUGUUUAAUCGAUAGGUUGUUUCCCGCCAGUGAACGCCGGCUGACCGACCGACCGACACACCUCUUCAUCGAACACACUUGAUUGGUGGGGUUGAUUCCCAGUCAGUGGAAAAUUUUCCCUUUAAUCAUCGCGCCCGUGUCGUACCGGUUUGUGGCACACCGAACGAAUCUCUCUGCACUAUUGAGAGGAGCGCUCGGUAGCAAAUGGCACAGGGCGCGUGCGGGAGGUGGUUUCCAGGCUGUGAAUAUAUUAGGGUGAUGGGGAUCAUUUUCGCUAGGUUCUGUGUUUAAUAUUCUAACUGGCUCAUUUUCUAAGGUUUUUACAAGUGCAUGAUUCGAAGAUGCUAUUUGCACAAACAUUUUCUAAUUUCACAACUUUUCGACGGGAAAAAUACUAUACCGUCUGAUGUGCAUUUCACCAUUUAUCGAUUGAUUCUAGGUUGUACAAAUGAACUGUCGAAAUUCACUUCGAACUGAUUUAUGUCAAUAGUGCUUGGCCAAAAACGUUUACCCCUCUCCCCUGAUCCUACGAAGCUCACAAUAGGCGAAUCACCCCAAUAUGUGAUCCUAUGUGCAGACAGCGCGCGGUAGUGUGUGCAUAAAGUAAACCGUACGAAAAACACCCCCUAAUCACCGGCAUUGUGAAACCUCAUCAAUGUUUGGUAUUGACUGGUAUUUGCAUAAGAGUCCCACAUCGGAUCCCCGUCAUGUGACAUAUUUUCGAAAAAAUCUCAUUAGGGCGGUGAACAGGAGAAAGCGAAAAUCCCCAAACAAUACACAAUUAAAUAAUAUUUUUAUUGUGUUCAGGCGCUCCAAAUCGCUCUUGGCUUUAAAAAGAAACGGGAGACAGACGUUUUGAAUAGAUCACACAAGCAGGCCCGUCGGAAGAGGGGGGAGGGUGGUAUGUGGUGCUUCCCCCGGGCACGGAAGACUAGAGGAGGCCCGUUUGGAGGUUUUGAAGAGAAAUAGUAACUCAGAUAAAUAUUAUUUCGACAAAAAUUUAUUUUAAACCAAAAUUUAAAUUAAAAUUUUAAUAUUUUGUGUACGAUGACGGAUAAAAUCGCUGCAAAUUUAAAUUUAUUUGAAGUAUAUAAAUUACAUUUUUCAAUCGCUGAUAACUCAUAAACCAUUCGAUGCAUUGUGAUUGUGUUUUUGACUUUGACAUUAAGUCGUUUACUAAGGUCGCUAACGGGGAAACCGACCAAAUAAUGAACAAGCGCUAAAGCUGAAAUUAAAACCCCCGAAUGCGAUUUUCCACUCUACGGGCGGGAUUCAAACCAUCCUUAGCGACCCUGGUGCUACCACCCUACAUAUGUUGCAGUAUAGCUCCGUUUACAGAAUCGUUACUGCGCAUGAGUAGUGCGUCUAUUGAAACCACUGAGAUCAAUUCAAAUGCGUGCCCCCAGUUGUAAUUUUUUUUGCAGAUAGUUCCGGUCAUCCUUACGCUCAAAGGACUUCGAUCUAUUUCUCGCUGUUUCACAUAUUGGGUACAAGUAUUAGCACUUCUCAAUCACUAUUUGUGCACCGCCAGAUCGGUCGUCUCACUGACUAGAAAAAACUGGAUCAAGGUUAUGCCUAUGAAUUUUAUUAACACUCAUAGGCUUUUUUAUUUUGUUAAAAUGUCUGGCUUCUCAAAUACCAGGUGAAUCAAAAAAGUAUCUAUUAAAAUGUUGUAGAAAACCCCUAAAACUUGCCUGGUGAAAUUGGUUAAUAAGAAUUAAAAAAUAAAAAGCAAAAUCGCAUGAACAGCCUCGAAAACCCAUAAAAAAAUAAAUAUCCAAAACUCGAAAACACCAAUAGCAGUGAUUUUCGUGUCUGGUAAUUCGAACGAUUUAUUGUUCCAAAAUGACAGAAUUCUUGUAAUACAUUCACGAGAAACACGAGAUUCCAAAUUUUUUUAAAUCAGCAUGUCGCACGACCCAACUUCAAACCUUUUUGAAAUUUGUCUAGUUUUCUGUUUCUUCUACUUUUUUAAAUUUUGUUCAAUUCUUCCGAUUUUAGUCUGUUUUCUUUGUUUUUUCACAUUUUCGGAAUAUCUUCCAUAUUUCCAUUUUACUUUUAUUACCUAUUUUUUAUUGUAUCAUAUUUUUUACUUUAUUAUUUUGAUUACUUUUUUAUUUUUGCCUUUUUUAUUAUUAGCUGAAACCGCACGAUUUUCAUUUGGUUGCCUUAAUACAUAAUCCCAUUAUUUAGUAUUUUUUGCAGUGGCAAAUUUUAUAUGCUUUGGAUUGCCUUUAUUCCAUUUAUUUUACUAUUAAUAUUUUAAUAUUCCUCUUCUUUCCAUUUGUCUGUAUGUUUCAUUUAUUCAUGCAUACAAGUUUUCUUAUUUAUUUAUAAUUCAUCUUAUUUUUGUCCAUUAUUGUCCUCCGUCGCAAUCAUUCGUUUUGAUAGUAAAUUGCUGAUUUUUCUUUUCCGUUUUUCCGUCUUUUGUUUGUUUAUUUUUAUUUUGCUUUAUUUUUUCAAUUUUUCCUUUAUUUAGAUGGUCCUUGUUCUGUUUCUUCAUUUUUAGAUUCAACGCACUUUGGCAUUUAUACCGUUUUCUAUAUUUUUCGCUUUUCUUUUUUUUUAUUUUUUUUUUUUUUGUGUGAUUUAAAUUUAAAUUUCUCCACAUUUUAGGUUCCCUCUUGGUAUUUUGCAUAUUUUUUCUUGGCAUAGAGGGUGUCCCACAUCAAACUGCAUCACGGAAAAACACUGUAAAAAAUAUACCUAAUAGACCGAUCGCUUGCCAAAUCAUGUAUCUAUUGGCAACAUUUUGAAAGUUUCUGUUUCCUUACUUCCUCCGGAACAUCAAACUUGUGCCGGGCGGUGAAGAACAGUAGCCCCAGAAGCUGCCGGAAGUCCACCUUGACGUAAGUCUCAUCAUCCAUGAUAAGACAAUGAGACUUAGUCAGCAUCCGGGCCCGUGACUUUCCCAUCGUGCCGUUCUUCACGAUUUGGAAUCUUCUGCGCAUUGUAUGUAUGCAGUCCCUCCCGUUCCUUGCAUCUCUGAAGGAAAGGACAGAUUUAAUUUUCUGGUCAAUUUUAAAAUAAAAUGGCGCCCUUUUUUCGCCAAAAACGUGCGAAAAAUUGUUCACGCGAAAGCGGUGAAGCGUACAGCAAUGAUGUCUUCUGAGAUGGUUUAUGAUGAUCCCAGAUACCUUAAUUUUGAUGAUACAGUUACAGUCUUUAAUCCCCCUUGAAGUGGGUUAACUACUUCAAUUUUUUCAAAGCAUGAAAACCAAUAUGAAGUCUUCAGAAAUAUUAAAUAACUUAUUUUUGCGAACAUCUCUGCUGAAGACCAAAAAUCUCUAUUUAUAGUACACGCGAAGUUAUUGACUGUUAGUUGCGAAUGACCCCAUAAAACCUUUUUUAACAUUACUUCCUAAAUAUCGCAGAUAAAUCUUCAAAAUGUUCCAGGAAGUUGUUCUUCUUAUCAUGAUACAUAUCUUUCCAGAGAAGAUUAUCGAUCUUUUGAUUGCGACUUAGAUUUUUUAUAAUAACUUUUAAACGGGCAAAACCGGGCAGCGAUCUUGCAGUUGCAGUUGAAAUUAGAAAUGUUAGAUCAACACUAUUAAACUCAAUAGAGUUCACUUGUCUCUUAUUGUCUCCAGUAGUGAAAAACCUAUUGUUUUUCUAAAAAGGUCCAAUAUCUUCAAAAAUACCCGAGAUAACAAAAAUUAUGCGUUAAUGAAAACUGUGUAUUUUGACGAUUGAAAUAACUUCGUAGAGUGUAUGAAACCCGUAGGAAUGAGAACUGCAAAGAUAUUCUAAAACAAAUAUUUUUGGGGUCAUACAAAUAUAGCGAGCUAUAACUUCUUAAGCCUUUAAAAAGAGACUUCGUGUCGAGCUUCGUGUAUUCAGCAAAAAUAUUCGCGAAAGCAAUUUCCAUAAUUUUUUCACAGACGUUAGCUUAUCUUCUUCACCAAAAAAAUUAGGUAAAAAAUGUUACUUAUAGGAGGAUUAAUCACUAAAAUCAUAGCGGCAAAUGUUAAACCUUGUUAUUUUUGAUGAGUAGUCCGUAAACACUAUUGACGUAAACUCAGCCGUUUUCACGUUAACAACCAAUCAUCAUUUGAAGCACUUUAUUUUUCAAAAUUUGCCAAAUUAUUUUGAAAAUACAUGAGAUAAUCCAUUGUUGUAGUAAAGCAAGUUGUCCAUUUUGAUAAUUCAAACCAUUUUAUGGAACAUACCAAACUUGUCAGAAUGAUGUUCAAAAAGUUAUAUUAUAUAUUGGCUUUAAAGAGAUAAUCCACAAACAACCAGUAAUAAUGUUGAAGAUAUCAAAGAUGAAGACUUUGUGUCUUCAGCAAAGUUAUUGGCAAAAGCUUGCUCUACAACAUUACUUAAGACAUAAUUAUAAUAUUUGCACUUUUAGGGAGAUUAAUCAUUAAAAUAAUAACACCAUAUGAAAGGGUUUAUAAUGUCCACAAAUUCCUCCGAAGACUCCGUUUUUUCGAUCAAUUAUUCGUGGUAUAAUGUCAAUAUUUUGUAAAAAUCACAUGCAAUUGUGAGUUUUAAACAUCGCUGAUUACGAAAGUUUUUUGGAAUUCAAAAUGGCCGAUCCAAUAUGGCGGAUCCGCAAAAGUGAUUUAUAAACACGAAUUUGAGUUAUUAUGCAUCCAUAUAAAAAAAAUGAAAAUGGCGAUUCCAAUAUGGUGGACUAAAAUGUGACUUUAACAAUCUUGAACAAAAUUUUUCGUUUUUCGCCAUUUUCUGUGGUUGUUUGAUAACUCACAAUUAGUCUGCGAUAACUCUACAGUUCAAGCCAUGAAAUACGUUCUCGAGACCUGUGCACAUGUACAGUGCAACGCGAACCAUUCUGGGAAUGUGCAUAAUGUCAUGAAAUGGUUUAUCGUCGCUGUUGUGCUAUCUUAUGACAAGCGCCAUUUUGCACAUUUCGAGAAAAACGAUUUUUAAAGUUUGAGAUUGAAUAUCAUGAAACUUAUAAAUGGUAGAAACAAUUCAGAGAAGACAAUUGAUGCUUCUACCUAUUCUGUACUAAUCUCUCAAAUAUUACGAAGACCGGUUGACUAUGGUGCGAGUUUUCACUAAAAAUGUAAACAAAAGUCGCACUCACACGUGUCAUAGGUGUGUAUUGAUGAAAAAAAUUGUAUGACGUGUCAUAAUCGUGCAUGGAAAAUUUUCCAAAGAAAAAAAUCAUCAAUUAUGAACUUUUAUUCAUACCUUUGGCUUCAUUUGGUCUAUAAACAAUCGGUUGGAUGCAUUUUGAAGGAAAUGAGUCAGGGAAUCUAGAAAAAAUAGUUAUUUUUAGUUACAGUGUUGCCAAAUAGGCAAUAUUUCCAGUUUAAAGCUAAAACUGCGUUUUUCUCCCAAUACAUGUAUUUUUCUUUUGAAAAUUAUUAUGCCAUUGUGCUCCUACGACAUUUUUACACAUAAAAGCAACUAAAAUUUUAUUAUAACUUGAGCCAAUCCCAAGAUAUAAUGAUUUGAAGCAAAAAACUCACAAUUUCUAAUCACUUUUCUCGCUAUAUUUCACUAACCAAGCAAAAUUUCAAAAUUCUGGAAACGCCAUCUUGUAGAGAUUCAUUAGACGAGUAAUGUGGCAUAUCUAACUCAGUUUACCCCAAAAUGGCGUUUGUCAUAAGAUAGCACAACAGCGACGUUAUACCUGAGGUGCGCGUCUCGAGCCGAGAGCGUCCAAUAGCCUGUAGAAACCUUUUUGCUGGCGCGGAUCGAAAAACUCGUUUAACACAAUAUAGUAGACUAGCGCUUCUCAACUUGGGUCCGCGGAAUCUAGGGGGCCUUGAAGUCGUUACUGGGGGGCUGCGAAAGAGAAUAUCUCGGGAAUAUUUUUCGGGUGGCUAUCGAAAUUUUAUUUUUUUGUAACAUGCUGAAAAUGAUAUAUUGCAAGCAUUUGAAAUCGAAGUUAAGCAGUGGGGAUCCGCAACCACCCAAGGUGAUUUCGAAGGGGGUCCGCGACAGCUCAGGGUAAUUUCGCAGAAGUCCGAUGUAGUAGACCAUUAUACCUUUCAAAAAUUCAAAUUUUUGAAAAUUUUGAAUGAGAACCUCUCCUUAAAUUAACAACGAUAAGUUUAUUCAAAUCUGGUUCUUUCGCUGAUUCACUGUAGCACACACAAAAGCAGUAAAAAGGUGAUGCGCAACUAUAAAGAUUCUAUGCACUAUACGCAACAGAAAACUAUUUUGUUUCCAAUGAAUCUCGGAGUUUAAAUAUUUUGAUGGUCGAAUAAUGCACAAUGGUGGGGACCCUUAUGUUGAACCCCUCCGGGCCCGGAUUUUAUCUCUACGACCCUGCACACAAGCACGUGAUAGUGAAUACACACAGGGGAACGUUAUUGAUUUCCAUGGAUUAAAUUACUAUUUGCUAUGCUGGAAUAUUAAAUCGUAUGCUUCAUCAGCAGGAUUUUUUUUUUCAGUUAUUCCAGAGUUAUGGAAAGUAAACAGGAAUGGCGUUGUUGAUUGACCACUAAAAAUUAGCUUUUUUUCCUCCUUAAAAUUUAGCUUCUGAGACAAACGACGCAACGUCGCAGUAGCUUUGCCUCUAAACUGUGAGAAUAAACAAACGAUUCCCUUGUUAAAAUCGUUUCCGGCAAAUCGAAAAAAAAAAAUUAAAUCAUAACAGACAGGCUUCGAGUUCAAUUGAACAAUUGAUUGAGCACGUGAUUUGAUUAGAUUUUGAUGCAUAAGAGCAAAGCAAAAACAGUAAACACCCACCGACGAGUACAAUACAACCCAACAUCCUAACAGUGCAUCAAAGAAAGCUUCAUUAUUCUGUUCUUUCUCCUAAAAAUUUGAUGUAUCAUUGUAGGAUUGAUAUCGUUCUUUAAUACCCGAAAAUUUCGAGACAGAAAAAUACGUCGUCAUUUGUAAAAAUAUUAAACGUUUGUAAUUAUUUUCCCUAAUAACCUAACACGGGAUGCGCUAAAAAUAUCUUCGAAUAUGGACGAAACGUCUCAGUUUGUUCUAAUAAUACUAAGGUGUCGAUCAGCGAUUGAAUCAUAGCUACCCAUAGCAAUCUUCUGACACAUCUAAAUGCCGCAUCUUUCGCGAAACGCCAGCUGUCAUCACAAGAGACGGACGGAUCCAGGCGAGGGGUGGGUCCUGGGGUUAUCGUAAAACUAGUGCAGGUUCCAUCCAAACAUUUGUUUUAUGAAAUUCGCAUGGCAAAAGUUAUUACCGCAUCGCUCACUGUCACGUACUUUUAGACUGUACUGGACCUAUUUAUAAUCAUAAGCAGUGGUGCGCUUUUCCAGAAAUAGCACAUCCGGACUUCCCUGCACACCUGAACUUCCAAGUAGAGUUGGUCAUCUCAAAGCUGGAACACUGAAUGGUUGCAACCAUUCUAAAACAGUGCAUCAAAUAAAUAAAAUCUAGACUGGCGUGAAUCUCUUGCUUAGAUGUGUUCUCGAAAAAUGUUAGACUUUCCGCGAAAUAACCACAGCACUGAAAUGCAAAUUUAAAAAAAAUCUGAGUGCAUAAAUAAUUCUCGUCAUACGAAAAACAAAUCUACGCUACUAUCAGACUUAAUCAUUUCUCGAAUAAAUAACUGUGGAUACGAUGUGAAUAAUAUUAAGUUGAAGCCAAGUACUAGUAUUUAGUGCUCAAUAAAAGGAUGACAAACCUGAGAACUAUGAAUAAUACAGUUGUACAGUGUACAUAUAUACAGCACAAAAAUAUCCUUGUGAGGUUUGUGUUAAACAGUUUGACCAUUAUUUCAGGUUCCGUUACGAAUUGAAUUGUCUCAAACCAAGUCCAGUUAUUUUUCGAGCAACCAAAAUAGUCAAAUAUCAAAUGAGGCUGUGAAUACAAAUAAGUAAUAUUUCGUGUGCACAAAGUGUAUUGAUAAGCGAACUAACAGAACAGCCUAUGAUAUGUGGUGUAAAUGAGAGAAUUUAAUGUACCGAAAUCACUCCCAAAAAUGAUAUUGGAAAAAAUAUAGUUUCGUUGUAGUUUACCUUUGAUAUUGGUCGUUACAGAGUAAUUUAGUUAGAAACAAAAUGUUCAUGUAUGCUGCUAGCAGUUAGGCAUGAUUGAUACGAAAGAUUUCAAGGGAAUAUUUUCAUAAAUAAGUAUAGAUUUACGACAAAUAUUACCAAUAAGCAAAAACAUACAACAGUUUUAGGAUUCUUCCAUCAAAUGAAGUACUAUGGAAACAAAGGCAUACACUUUACACCGUAUUAUUAGAGUUAAUUUCUGUUUAAAGAUUACGGUUUAAGGAAUAGUUUGUAAUCUAGCCUAAAAUAAAACAAUUGUUCAAAA